GUGCUGCUGAGCGGCAAAGUAAAGACCAAACGCACCCACUGCGUCACUGUUUUUCAUGUGUCUCAGGAGAGACGACACACAAAAAAAGACAAGUUUAAUAUUCAGCUCAUUUUUUUUUUAAAGUGUUUUUUUAUUUUUUAUUUUAUUUUUUUGGCGCCAAACGUGGACUUACCUGUUCGAGGCGCGUGAAGCUGAAGCAGAGACCUUAAGCAGAGUUUCUUCUGAUGGAGCUUAAGUCAGACACACAUGGAUGUCAGGAGGAAGAGGCCUAAUGAUGAUGCCCACUUCAAUCUACUCGGCUUCAGCACCAAAUAGUCACAUCAGCCAGCUGAGCAGGCUCCUUAACAGCCACCACAACACGCCUGAAGAGGACGAUGAGACCAUGAGCACAGAGGAGCGAGUAGCCAACGUCGUCCACAACCCGGACUCCACCCCGAACCCCGACGGGCCUUUCUCCCUUCCAGAGCACGCCACGUUUGCAGAUGGCUCCCUGUUUAGAACACAAAGGCAGGAACACAAACCCAACCACGCUUUUCCUCAUCCAGGCCCGGGUUACUUCACGUACCAGCCUCCCCGUAGCCUCCCCGCCGGGUACAGCCAGCCCACGCCAUUCCCCAGCCAGGACAACAGUGCCUGGCUUCACCCGAGCUUCGAGAGCAACUGGUCGGGGUAUCCCACCAGCCUGCCGUCGUGUUUGAAUCAGAAAGAUUUCUCCAGCUGUACUGGCGAUAGCUGCCUGUCAGGGUGCAAGUCCCUGUCGCUGCCCGGCAGACACAGCUCCUGCAUGAGCAGCUUGGAGCAGCCGUUUUCUCUCUGCUCCAACCCACCUUCGGCCAACUUGUGCCAUCACACGUUGCCUCCGUACUCGUGCUCGCCUCAGGGAGCCGCCUGCUGCGCGCAGUGCCCCGCGGAUGCCUUCAAAAGGGGCCCUGUGGCCAACAAACCUCCCUGGCCUCCGUACCACCCGGCUUACGGCCCGUUUUAUCCAGGUGACUGCAGACUCCCUGGAGCUGGAUACACACAAAUCGGCCACAACGCACCGGCUAAAGAGAAGAACCCUCCCUGCAGCACGCCGCUGUCUCUGGAGCAGAGGAGGGUAUUUGUCACUUAUGAAGCGGACAACGACAAGCACGUCAAUGAGAUCAUCAACUUUGUCGCUCUGCUGCGACACAACGGCUUUGAUACGCACAUCGAUAUUUUCGAGCAGCAGUUCAGGAGUAUAAGCAAGAUAGACUUCAUGGAGCGAUACCUCAGCGAGAAAGAGUACCUGAUCAUCAUCAUCAUCAGUCCUAAGUACUAUGAGACCGUGACGGCCUCGCCUGUUGGCCUGGAGAACGACGAGAGGACGUUCAACACCGUCUACAUACAUAAACAGCUCCAGAACGAAUUCAUUCAGAACGGAAGCAAGAAUUUCAGGUUUAUUCCCAUCGUGUUCCCUGGGGCCAAAAAAUGUCACGUUCCCAACUGGCUUCAAAACACGCAUGUUUACGGAUGGCCGCGUGACCGGGACGACAUCCUGCGUCGACUGAUGAGGGUGGAGAAGUACAAUCCGCCACCUAUCGGGCCGCUACCGACCAUCGUUUCCAUCCCCAUAUAGAGACCGCUCACUUGAAGACACAGACUGGACUGAAACCUUUAAAAACAAAAAACAAAAAAAAUAUUUCUGGACGACAUUGUUGAGGUGAACAGGAAUACGUGUUUCAUUUUAAGUUACUGUGAUGUUUAAGGGUGCUGCGUGAACCUUUUUCUCCUGGUAGAUGUUGUAAGUAGUUCUUUUGAAUUACAACUGAAACGGAGGCGUGCCGACAAGCUUCUCAAGGUCCCUGCAGCUCAUCACACUGCAUGCACGUUACAUGAGUAAUGUUUACUGGUGCUACUCCAAGUUUACAGCCUCACGAGUUCAGCACAGUUUAAAAAUUAAUUUAGCAUAUCUGUAUUGGGACUCACAUGAGCACACGUUGUAUAAUUAAAGGUCGUGGCAGAUAUAAUGAACAGUGUGACUGUAUAUUAGCAGAGCAGGAUUAGAGAGGUUUAAUUUAUGAGAAGCAAACACUGUACAAGCUGCAGCAGCCGCCUUUUAUCUCUCUUACUGCAGCGUCUCUCUGAGUUACUGUUGUGUAUUUCGAACGCCACUUGGUUGAUUAUUUUCGCAGCAUUAUCUGAAAUGUAUGUCUGUUUUUGCACAUUUUUUAGCCCCUUUUACUACAAAUCAAACCACCAGUUUACAAGGAGAGCAUACCCCAAACAGCUGUAAGUGUAGUUCUGUGAAGAAAGAAAAAAAAGGGCUAAAACAAGCAAAAACUGGUAAUUUUGUUCAUGUUCCUGUGAUAAAACAGAUCGUGUAAGACGUUUCAAGCACUGGCGUCGCCCUCAGUUGAUUUAAUUGUACUAAACAUGUGAAAAAUGUUGUAUUAAAACGUGUUUGCAGGUGAAAGCAUGUCCCUACUCUGACAUCUCCUCUUGGAGAUGCAUGAUUGUCUUGUGCAGCUGGCCCUCAUACAAGAGACAAGCACAGACCUGGGACCGGUUUUGCCUGCAGGCCUUCGUGAGCUGCAUUCUUCAGUUUGGGAACGAGGCAUGAGAACUUUUGUGGCCUCUACCAAGUGUAACGCUCAGGAGGAAUUCAGCCUGAGAGGCAGAAAGCAGACUUUCUUUCUUGUAGUGUUUGAGGCUCACACAGGAUGUCGUAUCAAGAUGAGUAGCUGACACAGCUGCCUGCCUGCCUGCCGUGUGGUACGACUUCUCAAGAAUCGGCAUCUUUAGACUCAAAUGGGUCAUCACAACCUGUUUGUGGUUAGAGACAAAUCACGUGUAACACCGUGACACGAUUAAGGAAAAUGUGUGUGCGCAGAAUAUAUUGUGUUCUCCCGCUGCUGCCAGACAUUAAAAUAAUAAUAAAUAAAUAAAUCCUGUUUUAUUACCUAAACAUUAAAAAGCGGAGCGUCACGAUGUGGUUUAAUGGUUUUAUCUUCACAAGAGGUAACACUGCAGAUGUUCAUACAGACGUCAUAAAAAAAAAAUCUGAAUACAGUGUUUCAUAUAUUCAUCCAUAUAUUGAAAAGUACAUGAAAUAAUAUUAAUUUUAAUAACAUAACAAAAAAAGGACAAUGACAUCUGUAAUAAAAGUGGAUUACAAAGUGACAUUUUAUGUAAAUAACUCUUAAGAAUUAGGUAACAGGAAAUCAGACAAUAGUUCCAUUUAACUGUAUGUAAAAACAUCGAAGUGCUAUUUGUUCAAAGCUACAAAAUACACUUAAAAAGCAGGAAGCGUUUUCUUUUUUGUGUGUUUUUAAUUUCCUUCAAGGAAAAAAAAAAAAA